GUAGCAACGUUGAGACAAGGUGUGACCUAGUAUUUACGGUGAUUUUCUAUUGAAACCAUAACUAUCGUCUGUCGACACCAAGUCCGAAGAGUUUGGUGGCCAUAGCGACGGCGCCAAUGAAGAGCCGCGACGUUCAGGUCGCGGCUAAAGCCGCUUUAAUGCUUUGGAUGAUGAUUUGGAAGGUCGCUGAAGCCGACUGGUGGCAGUUAGGAUCGGAACUAACAAUAAAGGAAUCGCUUGAGCUUACACCAGAUGAACAUAGAAAUAAGUGCCAGAAGAUAGAUUUCUUCGUAGAGAAACAAAGGCAAUUAUGUGAAAAAUAUGAUUUGAUUUUACCGAUAGUAGGUAGCGGUGCAAAACUAGCAAAAGAUGAAUGUCAACACCAGUUCCAGUUCAGCAGAUGGAACUGUACUACGUUCGAUAACAAGAACAAUUCGUUCGGAAAUGUAGUAGCCAUACAUAGUAGAGAAGCCGCGUAUCUUAGUGCUAUAUCCGCAGCCUCCGUGGCAUAUGCGGUUGCGCGAGCAUGUACGAGAGGCGAUCUAAAAGAUUACUGCACUUGCGACAUCAAAAUUAGACAGAAACGCAAACAAAAGUGGAAGUGGGGUGGAUGCUCAGACGACAUUAGAUACGGUGAACGAUUUUCCAGAGAAUUCUUUGAUGUUAUGGAAGAUCCAAAUACUGCUUUGGGACUGAUGAACCUUCAUAAUUAUGAGGCCGGAAGACGAGGAGUCAGAUCUCGUAUGCAACGGACAUGUAAAUGUCAUGGGGUCUCAGGUUCUUGCAGCAUGCAGAUUUGUUGGAGACGGCUUCCAGCCUUCAGGAACGUAGCAGAAGGGCUUUACCACAGGUAUGAGGGAGCAUCCCAUGUAAAAUUUGUGGAAAGGAGAAGAAAAAAACUGAAAGCUAUAAGCCCAGACCUGAAAAAGCCAAAUAGAACGGAUUUGGUGUAUCUUGAUGAUUCUCCAGACUACUGUGAGAAAAAUGAAGGGUUAAAUAUUCUGGGAACAAAAGGUCGAAUAUGUCACUUACAAAGUCAAGCUAUAGAUGGGUGUCCCCUACUUUGUUGUGGGAGAGGAUAUCAGACCAGAGUAAAGGAUUCGGAAGAAAAAUGCAACUGCCGGUUUAAAUGGUGCUGCAGCGUGGAGUGUGAAACUUGUCGGUCCAGAAAGGAAGAACAUAUGUGUAACUAGAAAUUUAUCCUUGAAGAACACUUGCGCAAUUAAUGGGAUACAAAAACAAAAUCUGGGGACACAAUGAACCAUUUAUACUGGUAAUACUUAACUUGACUUUUAAAAUGUGAUAUAGUUGUGUUAGUAUGACAAAAAUGCGAUAUGUCGCAGUAAAACCUCAUUUAUUGCUCUCUUCCGUAUUUAUUUAGAUACUUAUAUCUACCUAGGUCUAGCUAGGGGAUAUUUCUCGGAACCCUAUGCAAUUUUUGAGUUUUGCAUGUUAACUUUUCAAGCAAUUUUACUUUUACAUUUUAUUUAAAACAGAGGUUUGUUUUACUAUGAGAACUAAAAUAAUUUAUGUGCUUUUUUGAUAUUUGUUCAUGAGUUUGGUUAAGACUGCUUUCCAAAUAGCGGAUCUGAUAAAUUUAAAUAAUUCUCCGCAGCAUAAGUAAAUGUCUAAUUAUUUUGAUGAAAAAAAUUAAUCUAGUUACAGCAAGAUGUUCUCGGACAUCAAGUAUAUAUAGACGUACUUUUUGAAAAUUAUGUCCAAAGUACUUAGUAAAUCUGUAACAUAGAAAUUUAACCAUGUUAAAUGCCUAUAUGUUUGCAUGAUAAGGCUUUUGUAUUGGCAUUAUUUUAUGACAUGUGUACCUAGGUACUCAUAUGUUCAUUGAAAAAUCUUGACAAGAGGUUAUUUGAAUCCGAAACAUUUUUUACACAUAUGUACUUAUCAAAUUAUUUAUUUAUUAUUAUAUUUUGUAAUUUAGAUAUCUCAUAUGCUUCCAAACGUAUUUAAUUUUGACAGAUGUGAAUCUCACAUGUAAAAUUUUACUGCCUAUGAUGAAACCUAUUUACCGAAUAUUUUUUAGAAAGGAGUCGUGACUACUAGCUUUAUUACCACUUCGCAAAUUAUUUUUCAGUAGUCUGAUUAUAGCACACAUCUAAUGUUUAAAAGUACACAAAGUAAAGACUGACAUAUUUGGAUCAACAGACUUUUUUUAAUACUCCUUUUAUCAGUAAUACUGUAUUAAGGGCGGGUAUAACACUUAAAUACUUUCGUAUAUGACACAUACCCACUUAAUUUUUGAACGGUACUGAAUAUUAAGACUCCUUUUCAUUCUAUGUUUAAUGAUGUAAAUAAUUAUAUUAAAAUCAUUGUGCUGUAUAUUUAUUGUUCUAAGCACUGCAUAGAAAACUAGAACUAAGUGUGUAUUAUGUAUUGUCCGAAUUUAUUAUAAAAAAAUGUAAAUAUAAUCUUUUAAUAUCAAAACUUUAAUUAAAGACUAAAACGUAGAUUAGAUUUAUUGUAAAUAGAUAAUUAUAAUCACCUAAUUAUUGUAACUGUAGGUUUGAAAGUGGCCAAAUUUAUCAAACAUUUACUUUUCUGAUUAAAGUUAAAUUUUGUACACUCUGUGUAACGUGCCAUAUAAAAUUUGUGUGAGUUUGUGUAAUUGUAUGAUAUAAGUUUAGUACUUACUUUUACACUUGUAUUUUAAUUUAUUAAUUUAAUUGUUGCAGUAUUAUCA